UGAUGGAUGAAUCAUGUUUUGAUCAAUUGAAAUUGCUGCCAUUUGUCGUGCAUGUGUAAGUCGCACAAAAGCAUCCCAGUUCUUUCUUGCUCUACUAAUUAUUACAAAGGCAUAUCAGGAAAUGAUCCAAUUCCGGCAUGGUCUUUAUCAUCAACAAUAAUCUCAAUCCCCUCUUAAAGAAUUGGGCACGAUAACAAAGACUUCAUGUCCAAACCUUGUCUUUCCGUAUUUGAAACCCAAAGUACUGAAAACUUACUCAACUCUUGUCCCUACACUUCUUCUCCUGAACUUUGUGAUUCUAUGUCACACAAUUAAGUAAAAAUGGCAGAGCAAAUGAUAGACCCAGCUAAACUAAUAUUAACAAUUAAAGAUCGAGAAACCAUUACCCAAGGUCACAGGCAAACAUACGCGGAGCCAAACAGCGAAGCUCUAAAACUUCUCGAUUCAGAAAUUGAGGGAAAUGGGACACCGGCAGGACCCGCGGGAGAUCCAAGAGAUACCAAUCUCCUUCCCUUCAGACCAUUGACUGUACAAGACCUUCAAAACUUUCGACGCUGGUGCGGGCCAAUUUCAGGUGCGAAAGACAAUGCUGAAUACACUGAUGCAAUCGGUGCGAGCAUUCUCAAAGUAACAGAUGCCUAUAUCCGUCAAAUAUGCCUAUUUGUGAAUAGUCAUUCACCAGUUCGGAACCGUCGCGAUGAUUACCCAACCAUGGCAUAUUUACCCCACGAUUUCUGGAAUCCGCCAACAGACCCUCCUUCUGAAGCUUAUAUAGAAGAGAGAGCAGAAUACAUAAGGACGACAGCACGUCUCCCACCUCAACGAAUUAGUGCUCUCACUCACUUAUUCAUUCAUAUUACAUCAUCUCCGAAGAACCUCGAUGUCAAACCAGAGAGCGCCUUGAUGGUAAUAACGCCCAGGGCGGCAACAAUAGAGUACUUUGAUCAAAAUGACCAUCCCGACAAACAUCGCCGAAUAGGAGAUAUCAUGAAUGUGAUUUCCCGCGUAGACCCCACGCGCCAUGGAACAUGGUUAGAACUCGCGGAUUGGAAAUGUAGAGCUGGACAAUCAGGUGGACAAUCCGAAAUCCUUGACCUACCGAGGGAAAAUCAGAGGGCAAGUCAGAUUUGGGUGUGCACGAGUGCUCUAGGUCAGGCAUUUGGUCAUGAUGUUCAUAUGCUUUAUCCUUUUAAGAGUAUGGAGACCAUGGGAUUUGGUGCAUAUGAUUUCUUAAUGUGGAGGAAAGCAAUGGUCAUAGUGAUCGAUUUGUACCGUGGGUAUUUCUCAAAUGUGACCAGUGACCCGCAGUAUAAACCAAGGGUGAAGAUAAUGUUUGGUCAUCGUAUAUAUAGGGAAGGGGAGAGCUACCCUUGGCUGGAUAAUUCACGGCAGCGGAGGAAUGGCGCGCCGUGGGUACAUUUCUCUGAGAAAGUCUACAGGAGAUUUUUACCUAGAGAGUUGGCGCAGUGGAAUGCAUCGAAUAUUUGGCGGGGUCUUGAUGAGGACGGAUUGUACAAAAAAGCUCUUGAGAGAAUGCGACAUCGUACUGGGGCGGGUAGAUAUGAUGGUGCGCCUCAAGGAGCAGAGUUAGGUGAAUUCGGGGAGAAGAUGAAGGGGACUAGGGCGAGGAAAUUGAGAAUGUGGUUGGAAGAUGCGGAUACUAAUGAAGGAAGAAGAGAUCGUUAUCAUAGUCCUAAUGAAUCGGUUGGGUGGAAGGUGUACAGAAGAAAGUAGUUGUCAGAAGGGUGUAGAUGGAAGAAUACUGGCAAUUUUACAGUGUUG